UUUCAGAUUAACUCCAUGACUGCUGCUGUAAAUUCAGCCACACUGAGUGACAACGCGAGGCCGAGCUCUCCUGCAAAGCUGUCCGGCGGGUGUAAAGUUACGAGUCGGCAGGACACACCUCUAGAGGGAGUUCCCGGGGAGGUGGAAACACGGAGCCGAUCGUUCCUCCCUGCAGAAAGUCAGGAGCCCUUUCACUUGAGAGGGCGAUUACCUCCGCCGGCGGCUGUGCGUCUUGGCAGCUGUAGCCGUGCCAUCAGAGGGAAAAUGCCCGGGAUGGGCAACUCUUUACGCGCGGCUGCCCUCCUGGCUUUCGUGGUUCUUUCAGUUCUGGUGACGCUCCUGAUCAGCAGCGUGCAGCAGUUUGGAGCAAGAAUCUCGCACUUUUCCACCGCACCUUCUGGUGAUGACGAGGAGUUAGCGUCGCUCCGCGAGGCGCUGAUUCACCAGCUCAACGAGAGGCGAAAAGAAAUUAUUCCGCUGCUUUCACCUGGUGUUGGUGAUGAUGAUGAAAACGGACUGUUAGGAGAAAGUUUUUCCCAGCGUGACUCGACUUUGGAUUACAGUCUGUGGAAUGAGAUCACAGUUGGCUCCCGGAAAGCGCAUCUGGAUGAAAUGGGUUGUGAUUCCCUGGCCGACAUGCAGGCGGUGGAGAUCCUCGGAUCGGGAUACACCAAGCUGGUUGUCAAAGUGAAUCUAGCCGGGGAAUCUGAGCCUGUGGCGCUGAAACUCGUCAACGAGCAGGGUAUAGACAUGGGGAAGUGCGUGGAGGACUUUAAAGAUCCUCGGGGAUGUCGCGAACUCGUUUCCUUCAAGCUGAGGAAAGAAAUGGUCCUUCUCCAAAGACUCCAGCAUCCGAACGUCAUUAAGCUGAAGGGUCACUGUGCAGGAGGCCCAGGAGGAAAAGAAGGAGAGGCCGGAAGAGUCACAGUCAUUCUGGAGCAGGGGAACCCUCUCCAGAUGAUCCAGCUGCUCCAGAGCCCCUGGGAGGACAGAUUCAGAGUGUGUCUGGACCUGGUCCGGCUCCUCCACUUCCUCUCUCGGUCUCCUCUGGGCUCCGUGGCCCUGUUGGACUUCCAGCCUCGGCAGUUUGUCACAGUGUCCGGCUCGCUGAAGCUCACGGACCUGGAUGAUGCCAGCGCGGAGGAGACCACCUGUCACACAGACGCAGACUGCACUCUCCAGUUUCCACACAGAAACUUCACUCUGCCCUGCUCGGCUCGGGGUGUGUGUGAGGGGCUAAACGAGAAGAGGAACAUUUACAACGCCUACAGGUAUUUUUUCACCUACCUGCUGCCUCACCAGGCCCCGCCCGGCCUCACACACCUGGUAGACCGCAUCAUGAACGCCACAGGGGAGCUGAAAGCUGACAUCAAUCAGACGCUGGAGGCCUUUGAACACAUCCUCCUCCUCUACAAGUCUGGCCUACACCUGGAGAACCUGCCUCCAUCAAUAAUCAGAGAUUACACUGUGAUGCGAGGGAUGGGCACUUCUGGGAACGUGGAGUACCGCUGCUGGCCAUCCUACAGCCAGCAGGGCUGCGUGCUGUCAGUCCACAGCGCCCGAGAGGCAGCGUACAUCUGUAACUCCCACUCUCAGUGCAACAGCUUCACUCUGACGGGGCAGAAGACUUGGACGGGCCGCCUCCUAGCCUCUUUCAGGAGUGGCUUCAGUCACCUGGUGCCUGAUGGGACAUCAGAAGUUUAUGUAAAGAAGACAAAAGUUGUCGAAAAAUCAAGCGCCUGACCUACAAGCGAGUUUCUGUCGAAAUGGGAGUUACCGAUAGAUGGCACACAGCGGGGCGAUGGGAACUGAUGCAAGACGUGGCACUUGAGAGCCGCGUCCUCCUGUUUAACAAGUCGGCUCUGUGGAUCUGCAGGAGCAGCGUGGAGACCGGGCUGACGAGGAGGCGUUUGAAGCCAGCAACUGAAUGUGAUGUAUUUAUGGGGCUUCUUGCUCUGUGACUGUUUGAUCUGCCUGCCAGCUCACUCCCCUCUGCCAGCUACUAUUUAAAGGGAUUUCCCUUCAGGUACAAUUAAGCAGGGAGAGCCUCAUGCCCUUGACAUUUUUUUUUUCUUUUUACCUUUCCUUUAUUUGCCAUGUGCGUCAGCUUUCACUGUGAGGUCGGGUCCCUGUUGUCAGAUUUAUUUUUUUUUAAACCAAAGAGGUAAUAAGUAUAGUCGCUGAGCGUUUGAAGCCCGAGGACGAGAAAGGAAAACAAGCUCUUAUACAAAUACACUUUGAUGUUAAUGCGCAGAGGUUGUGGCUGUAUUUUCGUGGUUCCCUGGCUUAGCUGCACCACCGUAUGAGACGGCAACAACCAUGUAAGCGUUUACACAUCAACAAUGAGCAAAGAUGAUCAAAACCAUUCCAGAGCAGUCUUUUUUGUUUGCUUUAGGUACUUUUGUGCACUUAGUUAUAGUGUUUCAUUCCUAAAUAUUUAUAUGAUUAAAUGGACUGUAAUUGUUCUUACAUGUUUGUGCAUUACAGCUUUCAUGCACCUUGUGGGUGAUACUUUUAUUUUCAAUGAAAAAUUAUUCAUUUGUUUUUUUGGUUUUUUUAAUACUUCCCUUGUUGUAACUGUGCAGUUUUAUAGUUUGUACAGAUAUAGAAAUAUAAUGUUUCUACUGUUUUUUUUUAAGUUGUGUUCAUUUGCAUUUUUAUUGUAUUCAGUGUAACUGCAACUAACAGCCUGUUUACUUCUCAUUAACACCUUCGUGUGUGUUUCUGUGGGGGGAGGGGGGCCUCGAAUGUGCAUGCUGACCUGGUUUUCUGUGUGUUUUUUAAGCCCUUUAUCUUCUCGCAUGCCCCCACAUCCACUAUCUGCAGCCCAUCUGAAUGGCUCAGAGGAAAGGAGCUCCGCAGAGUUUGCAUAAUACCAGAAGAAUGCAUUCAAAUUCCCCACCACGCUGAGCUCAUUAUGAGCCUUAAUUAAUACAUGUAAAUUGGCUUACUUGCCAGCCCUUUCUCAUGGUGAGAGAGGGGCAUUACUGUAAGACAAAGGCAGACAUCGGGACAAUCAGAGCUCAGUUUGUGGUUAGCACACGAAUGGGCUGCCGUCUGUGCCUGCCAGAAGUAACCUGGUGAGGUUGAGAUAAGGGCAGGUCUGCAGGGUGGAGGGAUUUGUAAAGUCAGAUUCAGAAACUACUGAGUUUAUGCUAGGAGAGGGUAAAAAAAAAAUACCUGUGAUGUGAUACAAACAAGAGAUCUAUGCAACAUGUCAUCGACGGCUCUUCAUUUAUUAACUUUUGAGGUGAGGUAAAACUCGAAUGUUGAUGCACACACACAGUUUAAGAAGCGAUAAAAAUCUGUUUAAUUUCUCAAGAAGGCAUGCCUACGUCAUGCCGGAAAACGCCACUCAAACAAAAAUGGAAGCAGCAAAUUCCAGAUAUCUCUGCGGUGAGUCUUUACCGUUCAGCCAUACCAGUGCCACUGACUUGAAAGGGCAUGUCCCUGUCUACAAAUAAUUGUCUUUGCCUUAGGGUGGCCCCUUGUUGUCUGGACAAAGCCGGCUGAUUAGAGUCCAGAUGAUAAAGAUAAGGAGUCUGACUGAGAUUCGAUAAGGCAAAACCAACAGCCAGGCUAACUAGAAGGACUGGUUUCCUGGUGGGAAAACUUUCCCAACACAUAAUUUAUUUGUGCAACAGUACACAGACUUACACCUAGACUGGAAAAGAAAUCUUACAGUCAGAGAAGAGCAGAAGAAAAAUGAUAACAGUUUGAUUUGUGUACUGUUUUGGAAAAAGUUUUAUUUAUUCACUUAAUUAAUCGUUGAGGAAAAUAAGAUGUAUACCAAUAAAGUAAAUUUUAUUAGAUCAGAUUUUAUUACAUUUAUAGUUUUAUAUAGCAUUUAUGUAAAAAAAAAAAAAAAAAAAAAACAUGGGAAAUUUACACAUAAUCAAAUAAUUUAAAGCCAGCAUUUUGGGCAUAAAUAUAUAGGGUAAAAAUUAAAACACAACAGCUUAGCUUAGCCUGGCAAAUAUGUCACAGUACAGAAAAGCUAUAUGCUAUAUGAUGCAUGGCUUCCCUAUACCACUCAAGUCCUUUUCAUACCAUUUUAAAACAUGUCUUCCCCAUUAUUAAUAUUCACAGGCUGUCCAAGUUUGUGUCCAUUUUGUUCUUUGGUGAGGCAAAUUCUAAUACUAAUUAGAAACUAGCAUGCAUUACACCAAUCAAGCUAGCUAGUGCUAGCUAUCAGCUAGAUCCAUACUUAGUCACUUUGGGUGGUGUUGUAUGGUUUCAAAUACUAUUUAAGAAGGUAGUUUCUUACUCCCUGUCAAGAAAUGGUGUGAUGGGAUAUUCCCUUCUAGAAAAAAGAGCCAUUUAUACAUCUGAGUAUACAUUUAAUAUCAGUAGGGUAGCUUUUUCUAAGGUUUCUGCUAAGCUAACUGGCCUAGCUUUGAAGUUGCCGUUUCCUAGUCUUCAUUCCAAUAUGCCUGUGGUAUUCUCGUUAAUCGAUUGGUGUCCUAUAAAUACACACCCAUGCAGGUUGGGACACACAAAUCACAUCUCAGGAAUUUGGAGAGGCACCAACAACGAAUUGCUGACUCUGUAAGCAUGAGGUCUUUACCUCGAUAAUGCAGUGAAACAAUCCCUCAAGUGAUAAGCUGUAAUUUCGUGAAACGUACAGCUGUGGUUCAUCCUUCUCCACAUCAGCUCGGAGAGGAAAACGUCUGGCGUCAGAUUGGGUUUGUCUUGGCAGUCUUUUUGACAGAGCUAAUGGAUGUUUUGGCCUCGCGCAAAGGUUGCACAUGUUGUUUUAUGCUCAAAUGUUUGGAAAUACAUUACAAAUGCAGAAUGUUGAUAGAUUAAUUAGGUUAUUCAGUUGGAUGCAGCGAAGGAACAACAAUGAGUCUUUCUUUAUGCUCAGGGUUUGCUGGAGAGCCUGGGGGGGGGUUAGUGAACCCCCGAGUAGAUCUUCACAGCAUGUUCAGUGAGUCUAAAAAUAAUCGCUUUUCCCCUUAACUCUGAUUUUGGCUAAAACCAAGGACAGAGUUUUGAAGAUUGAGUUUUUUUCCCAGAAGUUGUUUUUGUUUACGGAUGUUUUCACUGCAGUGAAACAUUUCAAACACAGCGUUCCCGUCCAUGUGUUCCUGUGUGGCACACUGUUCCUCUGUUUUUUAAGGCGUGUAAUUGACAAGUUGGGUCUUUUUGAAAGGCUCGAGGAAUGAGCGGGGGAGGAGAAUGAUUGUUUUUUUUACCCGGCUCCAUACCCCUCCAUUUUUGUUUUUUCAAGUUUCCAGUUUCACCCGACUUGUUUCCGUCAGGUUUUAUUCAUGACCUCCAUCUGGAAAUAAUAUAACUUCAUGAAAACACGCCAUCAGCAAUUUUUUUCGGGAACACUCGUGCAUGCACGUGUGUGUUCGUGCAUAUGUGCAGGGAGGGCGACAUUAGGGCUUCUUCUGGGCUCCACUGAUGCGACGGUGUUAGUUCAGUGAAAAAGACGUCUGUGACUAAGCUAAGAACCAAAGCCUCCAUCAUCCCCACUUAAAAUCCUAGUGCGAUGCAUUUGUGGUCUGGCCAAAAGUCUUUGAUUCAAAUGCAAAGUUAGUCAUCAAAUGUCAGAAACCACAGCUGCUGGGAGAAAUUACGUGUCAGGAAAGGUCUCUGGCGAAAUGUUUGACCUUGGCUCAGACUAAAAAUAUGCAUUAACCGAGUGAAAGCCUGCAUAGUUCUACAGGAAAGAAGAUCUGGCUUGUGUUUGAGUUGCUCGCCGGAGCAUAUGCUUGCCCGUGACUGGGAAGAUAGAGUGGAUAUUCACUCGACUCCGGGCUCACAGAAACGCCUCUGUGUCUGUCUGCCAUUUUGGCCGUGGUACACACAAGACUGGCCGGUCACACCUGAGAGCCUCUGAAGAGUAGCCAGACAUUUAGUCGGCCUGUCCCGAGCACAGAGGCGUCUUAGUUUGCAGGCAUAUCUAACUGUCGAGCUAACUAUUUGUCUGUCUGCCUGGAGCCGAUAUGAUCUCUUUUAGAGCCAUAAUGGCUUUAGCAGGCCCUAAAGGAGAGAGAGCAAGUAGGUGUGUGUGAGGAGAGGUUUUCAUUUCUGCCUGUCUGCAUUGGAAGGGGGGGUGUGGCUGGAUCAUGUUUUAAAAGCCCCGAAGUUAACCCCAGUCAAAAGGUUUAUGCCUACCACUAAAGCCACAGAGACAUCUUGAAAGCUCUAAUAGCUUCGUGUUGUAUCCAGUGACAUCUCCACAGACCUGCUGCACAGCUUCAGGAGCGUAGCAGAAGUGCUGGAUUUGUUUGUUUCACGAUGGGUAGCUGACUUUAAUCAGCAUCUGUCCAUAUUUAUUUAAGGUCUCCGAAUGUUUGCGUCAGUGUGGUGCUAUCACAAAA